AUGUACUUAAAAGCGAAAGAUUAUGAUGAACUGUUGCCAAGUGAAGGGCCGGACCCAGAAUCCCAUUGGAGCUUGAUAUUUGAUGGAGUUGCUAAUGCUUAUGGAAAUGGAACUCGGGAAGUCAUUGUCACUCCUCAAGGUUCUCAUAUUCCAUUUACCACAAGAUUGACAUUCACAUGUACGAACAACGUGGCAGAGUAUAAAGUUCUUAUUAUGGGUCUUGAAGAGGCUAUCAACUUGAGAAUCAAAAUUCUGGAUGUAUAUGGAGAUUCAGAUUUGGUGAUUAAUCAGAUCAAAGAAGAAUGGGAAACUUGUCAACCUGGUUUGAUUCCUUACAAAGAUUAUGCAAGGAGGCUGUCAACUUUCUUAAACCAAAUUGAAUUUCAUCAUAUACCUCGUGAGGAGAAUCAGAUAGCAAAUGCUCUGGCAACUUUAUCCUCCAUGAAUGUUGUGAACCAGUGGAAUGAUGUGCCCACAAUAAAUCUUAUGUGCCUUGACAGAUCUGCUCAUGUGUUCACUGCAGAAGAGGUCAUUGAUGACAAACCAUGGUAUCAUAACAUUUAA